GCCCUCCCCGGCGCUUCAGUCUCAGUGCGGAGCCCUCGGCGGUGUGAAGAGAAGCUGCCCUGAGGAGCCGGGGAGCGGCAGCCUCGGAGGCUGCGGAAGUUGGCGCCCGAGCCGGAACCACACCCACAUUCGUAGCCCCCCCCUCCCCUGGUCCGUGGCCCUCCCGCCGGGCACCCCCAGGAGACCGCGUUCCCGGAGGCCAGCCCGCCGCCCACGCUUGGAGCAUCCUCCCUUCCCCGAGCGGGCGCCGACGAGCCCGGCGGCAUGAUGCGGCUGCGAAGCUCGGCGAUGCUUCGGGACCUGCUGCUGCGGCCGCCCGCCGCCGCCGGCGCGGCCCUGAGGCGGGCGCAGCCCCUGGCCACCCUCUGCCGGCGCCCCCGGGCCGGGGGCCGGGCUGCCGCGGGCCCGGCGACCGCCGCGCGGCUCCACCCGUGGUGGGGCGGGGGUGGCCGGCCGGCGGGGCCGCUGGCGCUGGGCCUCUCGAGCUCGCCCUCGGAGAUCCUGCAGGAGCUGGGCAAGGGGGGCACGUCGCCGACGCCGCAACAGCAGCAGCAGCAGCAGCAGCAGCCACCGCCCGGGGCGUCGCCGUCCGCCACCCCGCCGGCGGCGUCCAGCCCCAAGGACGGCUCCGGGGAGACGGACGGGUUCGGAAACAGCGAGGGCAAGGAGCUGGCGGCCUCGGGCGAAAAUAAAAUAAAACAAGGUCUGUUACCUAGCUUGGAAGAUUUGCUGUUCUAUACAAUUGCAGAAGGGCAAGAGAAAAUACCUGUCCAUAAAUUCAUUACAGCACUCAAAUCUACAGGAUUGCGAACGUCUGAUCCCAGGUUGAAAGAGUGUAUGGAUAUGUUAAGAUUAACUCUUCAAACAACAUCAGAUGGUGUCAUGCUAGACAAAGAUCUUUUUAAAAAAUGUGUUCAAAGCAACAUUGUUUUGUUGACCCAAGCCUUUAGAAGAAAGUUUGUCAUUCCUGACUUUAUGUCUUUUACCUCACAUAUUGAUGAAUUAUAUGAAAGUGCUAAAAAGCAAUCUGGAGGAAAGGUUGCAGACUAUAUUCCUCAGCUAGCCAAGUUCAGUCCUGAUUUGUGGGGUGUGUCUGUUUGUACAGUAGAUGGACAAAGGCAUUCUAUUGGAGAUACCAAAGUUCCAUUUUGUCUUCAGUCCUGUGUAAAGCCUUUGAAAUAUGCCAUUGCUGUUAAUGAUCUUGGAACAGAAUAUGUUCAUCGAUACGUUGGGAAAGAGCCGAGUGGAUUAAGAUUCAACAAACUGUUUUUAAAUGAAGAUGAUAAACCACAUAAUCCUAUGGUAAAUGCUGGUGCAAUUGUUGUGACUUCAUUAAUAAAGCAAGGAGUAAAUAAUGCUGAAAAAUUUGACUAUGUGAUGCAGUUCUUGAAUAAGAUGGCUGGUAAUGAAUAUGUUGGAUUCAGUAAUGCCACGUUUCAGUCUGAAAGAGAAAGUGGAGAUCGAAAUUUUGCUAUAGGAUAUUACUUAAAAGAAAAAAAGUGUUUUCCAGAAGGCACAGACAUGGUUGGUAUAUUAGACUUCUAUUUUCAGCUAUGCUCCAUUGAAGUCACUUGUGAAUCAGCCAGUGUAAUGGCUGCAACAUUGGCUAAUGGCGGUUUCUGCCCAAUAACUGGUGAAAGAGUACUGAGUCCUGAAGCUGUUCGAAAUACAUUGAGUUUAAUGCAUUCCUGUGGCAUGUAUGAUUUCUCAGGGCAGUUUGCUUUCCAUGUUGGUCUUCCUGCAAAAUCUGGAGUUGCCGGAGGAAUUCUUUUGGUUGUCCCCAAUGUCAUGGGCAUGAUGUGCUGGUCUCCUCCUCUGGACAAAAUGGGCAAUAGCGUUAAAGGAAUUCACUUCUGUCACGAUCUUGUAUCUCUCUGUAAUUUCCAUAACUAUGAUAAUUUGAGACACUUUGCAAAAAAACUUGAUCCUCGAAGAGAAGGUGGUGAUCAAAGGCAUUCCUUUGGACCAUUGGACUAUGAAAGUCUCCAACAAGAACUUGCUUUAAAAGAGACAGUAUGGAAAAAAGUUUCACCUGAGUCAAAUGAGGACAUCUCUACAACUGUAGUAUAUAGAAUGGAAAGUCUGGGAGAGAAAAGCUAAAGAAAUGGGUUCUAGUUUCAGAAUGUUCUUCAUUUAACGUUUCAGACAUCUUCAUUUUUUUUUUUUUGCAUACUUUAACUAUUUAUUUGAGCUUUGUGUUUUUUAACCUUGGGUGCUAAGAACCAUAAAGCUUUUUUCUUUUAGUCUUUGUAUAAAAGAUACUAGGUUGAAAAGUGGAUUUAUUAGUCAUUAUAAGAAAGAUUUAUAAGUAAAUAAAGCAGACUUGCUUUAUUAAACAAAAAGGGAAAAGUUCUUUUAAAUUUUUAUGAUGUAUAAAAAAUUGUAAGCAUACAGUCAGAUAUUUCCAUUUUAAAAUAGUAUCAGAAAGUUGUAAUUAGUUCUGAAAACCCAGAUUUUAAACCACUUUUGUUGCAUUUUGUUUUUAAAACUGACAUGAUGUCUGUAGUGGAAUUAGAAAGUGAUAGUAUGCUGAAUAUAAAAAGGCAAAAUAAUGAAUCACAAAGUAUUAAAGCAGCUUGUAAAAUUCAAGUCAGUUUACAUUUUAUGCCAUUUUAGUGAUUGGCUUUAAUUUUUUUUAAACUUUCAUUUCAAAUUUUAUCAACUACUUUAAAAUCUAACACUUGCGUUUGAUUUUUAAUUUUGCAACUUCUAUGCUCUCAGAAUUGUCAUGUACAGGAGUGUGUUAUGUUAGCCAAAGAAUUUUCAGAUGUAAGAUAAUGACAUCUUUCACUGUUGAAAUAGUUAUAAUAGUUACUCAGAAGUGACAGUGACUGUCUAAAGUAAAAUGUUUACCUUGACAAUUAUAUUUUCAUAUUAUCCACAUAACCUCUUCUGUUACAUUUAAGUAUGAAUGGUGAAUUUGGGGUUGUUUUUUUUUUUUGCUUUUAAUUUUUUUUCUACAAUUUCACAAUUGCUAAUGAACCUUCUAAGAUACAUUAAACUAUCUCAUAGAAUUUGUUCUGUUAGACUCUUAGAGUUCUAAAGGAAUGAAUUCGAUCAUAAGGGAGUAAGUAUUCUAAAAUAUCUCUUAGAUCCCGAUCCUUUUCUUUGGUUAUAAAAAUAUAUAUUGGGAGUCAGAACCCCUUUUUAUGACAACUUUAGGUUCUACAGUACUUGAUUUCAAGUUAUUCACAGUGUUUAAAGUCUGUCUUGACAAAGUACUUGUAAGAUUUUGUAGGACCUAUUCACACCUUUUCCUUCUUCCAUAUACCUCUCAGCUCUUCCCACCCAUUUCAACCCCUAACCCCAUUCCCUACAGUUUCUUCUAGGUUGGUGGGCUUUUUUGUUUGUUUUUAAUACUUAGAGGGACAGGGAUAAGGUUUAUAGUGUUUGAUAGUUUCUUAACAUAAUGGCUUGUGUAUAUAGAAGGAUAAAGCCUUCAAAAGUACACAUAGUAUAGGAAGAAAAAAAGGUUAGUUUAAAUUACAGUUAAAAUCUUGAAGGUUGGAAACUUUCUAAAGGAAAAGUAGAAGCCUUUGGGCUAAUUUAAGUAUUAAACUUACACGGCAUGUUAAUUUUAGAUUUUGCCAACUAUUUUAUUGUUACUUGAAUGUUCCUCUUUUGUACAGAUAUGUAUCCUAACUGGAUACUUCAGGUUUGACUUAUUACAGGAGACAUAGUAUGUGGAAUGUCUCAUCUCUGCCACAACUUUGAAUAGUGUUAUUUGUGUUAGUUUUACCAAAGCCAUUUGUAGUAUGGGAAACUGAAUGCCUUAACUAAUAAUUUUUAUGUAAUACUCUUAAUCCCCCAUCCUUGGCUCUAAAUUCUUACAUUUUGCCAUUUGAUUUGGAGGUUGAUUUUCACAAAAUGAAAAUGUAAUACUUCAUAUGUGUUCUUAUUUGUAUAGAUUUCAAAAUUGGUAAUUUAUGGCAUGUUGAUAAGACUUAAAUUCACACUUAUCAACCAUACUUAACAGAUUAUUUAUUGUUUAUGAACUUUUUCUAAAGGAUUAACACUGAGAAAUUUUUGUGGGAAGGUAUAAAUGGAAAUAGAAGGAAAAUGCUGUGAAUGGGCCCCACAUUUUAAUAAAAAAAAAAAGGAAAUUUUUUGCCAGAUUGAAAGGGCAUUGUUUUUGUUCCUUUAGUAUUUUUGGCACUUUUUUCAAAUAAAGUUCUUGAAAAGUACCCCGUAGUAUUGGAUUUAAUGUUUCUCACCAUUACUGAUUCUUGAUAUUCAAGCAUUUAGAAGUUAGCAUAUUUGUUUUUCAUUUUUUUCAUCAUUAACAUUUCAUUUGAAAUGCAUAUUCUUUCUGAAAUAUUUUAUUUUAGCAUAAAUGUUGUGCAUUUUAUCUUAGUGUUUGGAUUAAAACAUUUAUGUUAUUUAGCUUUCAUUUGCUAUGUAUAUUUAAUAAUGUAUCUUUUAUUUUGCAGUAUGCAUACUUUUUGUAUUGUACAAUAAAUUUAUUUUAAGCUGA